UCUCGUAUAGAUGCAAAACCUCUCUAAAAGGUUAUCACAUGAUACCCAUUUUUUGUCCCAACGUUACACCGAAAGUAGUCGUUGUGGCCAAGCAACGCUUCCUCUCUCUAGCGGAGACGCAGAGCUUCUUCAAUGGCAGCGAAGCUAUCGACGUGUUUUCUGAGCCAUGGAUGGGGCAGUCUCGACUGCAAACGCUCGAAUGGGCGCUUCCUUGCGCCUUCUCAUCGGCUACUGCCAGCUUCCUGCAAGAUGCGGCACCGUAAUUUCAGUUCCCAACACAAGAGACAGCAGACAAAGAAAGUUUCCCCUGACCGGCGUCCAACAAAUUCACACUUCCAGUCAAAUGGAGAUGAAGACACUGAACCUGAGAAUGCUUUGGCAGAUGGUGUCUCAAGCUUGAAUCAGGGAACCACACCUGACGAUGAAGAUGCUGAUGUCGACUCACAUAUAGCCAUUGAGCAUAUCAAUGAUAAUCCUUUGAAGCAUCUAACUGUUUCAGAGGAGAUGACACCUUUGGGUAUAAAUGUGAAAAGUGGAGAACAGCUUUCAAGUUUUCAACUCGAGGAUUUGGUAGGCAUGCUAAAAAAUGCGGAGAAAAAUAUCCUUCUUCUCAACCAAGCUAGGGUUCGUGCACUUCAAGAUCUUGAAAAAAUUCUCACUGAGAAGGAUGCUCUUCAAGGAGAAAUUAAUAUUUUGGAGAUGAGAUUGGCAGAGACAAAUGCACGGAUCAAAGUUGCUGCCCAAGAGAAGAUACAUGUGGAAAUCUUGGAGGAACAGUUGGUUAACCUGAGGAAUGAACUGUCUCAUAGGGGUGUUACUGAGGGAAGUGGAGCUGAUAUGCACGAGAAUUGGAAUAAAGCUUUUGAUGGUGUUCAUUCUCUCGGCAAGGAGCUUAGUUUGUUGAGGACAGAGAAUGUGUCCCUGAAGGAUGAUAUCUUAGCACUUAAGGAGGAACUUAGUCAUGUCCAAAAAACAGACAAACGUGUGGUAAUGCUAGAGAAAGAACGUUCAUUUUUGGAGUCUGCUCUGAAGGAAUUGGAGUUUAAACUUGUAGCUUCUCAAGAAGAUGUUUCAAAACUUUCUACUCUAAAAUUUGAAUGCAAGAACUUAUGGGAUAGGGUAGAAAAUUUGCAAGUGCUUCUAGAUAGAGCAACCGACCAAGCAGAUAAAGCAAUUUUGGUCCUGGAGCAAAACCAGGAGCUCAGGAAGAAGGUGGAUAUGUUGGAAGAAUCUCUUGAAGAAGCUAAUGUUUAUAAGCUAUCAUCAGAAAAAAUGCAACAAUAUAAUGAUUUAAUGCAAAAAAAAAUAAAACUAUUGGAAGAGCGUCUUGACAGGUCUGAUGAAGAGAUACUUUCUUAUGUUAAGUUAUAUCAAGAAUCUAUAAAGGAAUUUCAAGAUACUCUUAAUAAUUUGAAAGAAGAGAGCAAGAGAAGGGCACUAAAUGAACCUGUGGAUGAUAUGCCUUGGGACUUUUGGAGUCGUUUAUUACUUAUUAUUGAUGGUUGGCUGCUUGAGAAGAAAAUAUCAGCCAAUGAUGCAAAGCUGUUGAGAGAAAUGGUGUGGAAGAGAGAUGGACGUAUUCGUGAUGCAUACUUGGUGUGCAAGGACACGAAUGAGCAUGAAGCUGUGGCUAUAUUUCUCAAGUUGACAUCAUCACCAAAACGUUCAAGAUUGCAUGUUAUUCAUAUUGCAGCAGAGAUGGCACCAGUUGCUAAGGUUGGUGGUUUGGGAGAUGUUGUGUCUGGUCUUAGCAGAGCACUGCAGAAAAAAGGACACCUUGUGGAAAUUGUUCUUCCAAAAUACGACUGCAUGCAAUAUGACCGUAUCCGUGACUUAAGAGUCCUAGACAUGGAGCUAGAGUCAUAUUUUGAUGGUCGACUAUUCAGAAAUAAAGUCUGGGUUGGCACUGUCGAAGGGCUUCCUGUCUAUUUCAUUGAGCCUCAUCAUCCAAGUAAGUUCUUCUGGAGAGGGACAGUUUAUGGGGAGCAUGAUGAUUUCAGACGUUUUUCAUAUUUUAGCCGUGCAGCACUUGAGUUACUUCUCCAAGCUGGCAAAAAACCGGACAUAAUUCAUUGCCAUGAUUGGCAGACAGCUUUUGUUGCACCUCUUUACUGGGAUUUAUAUGCUCCAAAAGGAUUAAAUUCAGCUAGAAUAUGCUUUACUUGCCACAAUUUUGAAUACCAAGGAACUGCACCUGCUUCCGAAAUGGCAUCCUGUGGUCUUGAUGUCCACCACCUAAACAGGCCAGACAGGAUGCAGGACAACUCAGCACAUGACAGAGUUAAUCCUGUUAAGGGUGCAAUUGUGUUCUCUAACAUUGUGACAACUGUAUCGCCGACCUAUGCACAGGAAGUGCGGACUUCUGAGGGAGGGCGAGGUCUUCAUUCAACACUUAAUUCUCACUCCAAAAAAUUCAUCGGAAUUCUAAAUGGAAUUGAUACUGAUGCAUGGGACCCUGCAACUGAUGUUUAUCUUAAAAGCCAAUUCAAUGCUAAUGAUCUUCAAGGGAAAGCAGAAAAUAAAGAAGCCCUGAGAAAGCAUUUAGGGCUUUCUUAUGCAGACACCAGGCGGCCUCUGGUUGGUUGCAUAGCACGAUUGGUGCCACAGAAGGGUAUACAUCUUAUUAGACAUGCAAUAUAUCGCACAUUGGAGCUGGGAGGACAGUUUGUACUUCUUGGUUCUAGCCCAGUACCACAUAUUCAAGUGGAAUUUGAGGGUAUUGCGAACCAUUUUAAAGGUGAUGAUCACAUUCGGUUGAUAUUAAAGUACGAUGAGUCUCUUAGCCAUUCUAUUUAUGCAGCAUCAGAUAUGUUCCUUAUCCCAUCUAUGUUUGAGCCCUGUGGGCUUACACAGAUGAUAGCAAUGAGAUACGGUUCUAUACCCAUUGCAAGAAAAACUGGUGGUCUAAAUGACAGUGUUUUCGAUGUUGAUGAUGAUACAAUACCUCUCCAGUUUCGAAAUGGUUAUACAUUUUUGAAUCCUGAUGAGCAGGGAUUAAACGGUGCUUUGGAACGUGCAUUUAAUCACUAUAAGACAAACAAAGAGAGUUGGCAGAAGCUUGUUAAGAAGGACAUGAAUAUAGAUUUCAGUUGGGAAUCCUCAGCCUUACAGUAUGAGGAAAUUUAUGAGAAAUCUGUAGCCAGAGCAAGGGCUACAAGUCUUGUUUGAGAUAUUGGUUUUCCAUCCCUUGCGCCAAAUUGGGUUUCCUAAUAUGCCCAUAUUGUGGCAUGCUAUGCCAUUGGUUUUCAUGUCAAGUCAGAGCUGAGAUGAAUCGCUUGGUAUUUGAAUGCAACUUCGAAGGAGAUUAUCUGGCUAGCCAGGUACCCCUUACAGCAUGAGUGAAUCCUUAAGUUGGGGCUUCCCAAGAAAGGCUUCACACGUCAGGUUAAGCGAUAGUUUCCCUUGUGUAUUCCUGAUUUUCAAGGGUUACAUUUGAUCUCACUAUUCACUUAUCCAUGGAAGCAACCUCUGUUUUGUUGCUGAUGUAUAUAGUGUCCUCAAUGUUGUUUGUAAGUGAUUUUCUUACAGAGUGAGGCCAAUGCUCCAGUUAUUUUUUGCACACUAAUACAUGAGUUGUAAUUGUAAAGAAUGUACCAUUUGUAUUUAUACAUUCAAUCAGAUGCGACAUUUUAAUAAAUUAUGGAAAUCUUAACGUUGA